AAAUAUUUGCUAGUUUAGAUGCAUAUACGGGAAACAAUGUGUCCAGAAUAAAAAGAAACAGUAACUUAAAACAACGUUUAUGAUAGUCAUAUAUGUGUAUGUGUAAAAAUACAUAAAUAUAUAAUAAUAAAUUAUAAACGUUUUUUGGAGCAAUAUGACACUGACAUUACCGACAUGACACUGUUGAUACGACAGACUGUAUCGAUUGUUCGAUGUUUGUUAUCUGUACAAGUCACGAGAUACAGAAGUGGAUAAUAAAUAUGUAAUAAUAAAUUAUAAUAAAUCAUAAAAUUAAUAUUGUGCAUUGUAGACUAAAUAUUGGCAGCGUAUAACGAUGGCAUAGCGAGCGCUCAAGGUUUACUGUAUGCUUUUAGAUCUAGCUAUUUAUCUAAAGGUCGUGUUCCUACUGUCAGGUUGGUCUUUACUAGUGUCUCCUCAGUGAUAUACGCUGAUGUAACAAACGUUUCUCGAUGGUAUUUUCACGUGCGCACAAGAGGAGAAGAGGAGUUUCGAGAGUAAUUUUGCAAAUAAUGGCAACUCCGAAGACGUGGGCAAAAAUACAACCGGUAGAAAAUCCUCUCAAUUUAUCGGAUAUUACAACAGAACAACUUGACGUGAAAAUGCAAGAUAUGAAGUUAAAUGAAUAUUUAAACGAAGACAAUAGAAAUAUAAUACAAGCAGACGAACAAAAAGAUGAAGUAAGUGAUGCUGACAACGAUGAAGUAAUAGCAAAUAUAUUACAACAUCAAUUCAACGAAGAGCAUGAUAUGAUGCUAAAACGUAUGGAAGAAAAAGUUAAUCGUGAUUCCAAAGUGGGUAUCUCGUACACUAAUUAUCGAACCUCUUCAUAUGACAUCAAGGAUGAAGAUAAUGUUGACUCUGACAACAGUAACAGAGACUUCGAUCGUUUUGUCAGCAUAGAAAAAGAACAAGCUUCGAUACCACGUUGUGGUUACAAGAAGGUGGAAGGAGGUUCUCAGAUAGUUACAAAGCACGAUAUGUUAAGGUCUUCCCGGUUAAACGCAUGUCGCGUAUUACAAUUUCCCCCUGGUAUUAGUACUGGGGAUACAGGUGGGUUUGAUGUAAAAUUAGAUAAUAAAGUAUUUAACAUUUUGCGCGCUCACAGUCAAGCGCAACGAAAGAAAGGAAAAUCAUCACCGAAACCUAAGACACAUACAAAAUAAAAUGUGUAAAGUAGACAAGACAGCCUCAUUCAAAGAUCUUCCGGUAAAUACGAAAAAUCAUCGAAAAAGAAUUUUAUCUCAGCUAUCGUGUACCAUUGCCAGAGUUGAUAAAUGUUUAUGAAAUAUUUUGGGCUUUAUUAAUAAAAUAGAAAUUAUUUGAAAAGCUGAAGAAAGCUACAAUCUUGGCAUUCAUUAUUCGUGGGGUAAAUAUUCACUGUAUCUCAAAUACAUUCACUUUUAGAGCAAAGCAUCAAGAAAACUGGCCCAAAAAUCAUAACAAUUUGUCAAUUUUGGUACACUCUAUUGAUUUGACUGAAGAUUCGUGACAUAUUGUAUUUACUCCUAUCCCUACUUGCAUGGUAUAUGUAAAAGAAAUUUGUACAUAGUCAUUUGUGAGUGCAAAUAUAUAUAUAUAUAGCAUGUAAAAUUCCUGAAAAAAAAGAAAUAAAUCAACUACGAACAUUUGGCAAUCAAGACUGAAAUAUAUUAUAUUCAUUUGUCGUGCGUUAUAUCGUAAGAACGAAAAAGAGAACUUAAAACAGAACUUAAGAGAAAACAGCAGAAAUAAUUAUAUGAAAUUACAACAGUGUUAUUAUCAUCUAUAGAGACAGUUGUGUUGAUUGAUAACCGAUAAGAUUCGAUGCUUCUUUUACAUCACAUUUCAGAACAACACACAUCAGACAUUAGUAUAAUAUACGUACUAAUAAUGGUCGCAAAUGUUAGGAAUCAUUUUUCAUUCGAACAAAAAAUAUUAUUUAUAAAUGCUAUUAAAUUGUAAUGAUUCAAUUGGUCGAUAAAAAUUCUUUGUUCUAUUGGAACUUGAAACUUACAUACUAUAAUUCAUAAAAUUCGUUAUUCACCGUUAAUAUUAGUUUCGUUAAACUAUAUCACGAACAUAUGCGCAUUUAGUCAGUAAGGAACUGAUUGUGCUAUAUAUAUAUGUAUAUAACGGUCAUAUUAAAAAAUGUUCUGCUUUUUUUAUAUAAUAUUUAUCUAUAUAAGACCAAAAUAUUUGUGAUGUAUAUAUGUAACGAACAAAGAAGAUACGUGGAUAAAUUUAUGUAAAUGCCAGAUGCAUUUAAAUUUAUCCACGUACUGAAAUUUGUUCGGAACAUACAUGUAACAUCGCCAUUUAAUACCAAGACACCGUUUAAUCGGAAGAUAUAAAAGAAAUAUUUUCUUGUAUAUUCCUUUUGUUUACGAGAUCGCUUCACAUAAUGAUUUCUUAAUAUUUAAUACAUAUUCCUAUCUAUCGCGUUUUUACUAUUCGAAAUGCAUUUUUUCGAUAAGUGCGGUGGUGACUGAAUAGCUGUACCAAUUUGUUAACACUGAUAAUUUUAAUAAGCAAUAAUAUGACAUA